CGCAGCACAACCAAAAGCGACGCUAAUGAGAUAAAUGUAUUACGUUUUUAUUUUUAUUUAACACAAUAAAGGGAAACGCAAAUCCAUAUUAGCAAAGGUCUCAUUCAAAAAUGAUUCGUCUCUUCGGACUAUCGUUUUUUCUUAUCGUGAUUGCACGGGGAGGACUUUCGAUUCGGUUUAGAGAUGGGGAAUCUCUAUACUCACCAGAUGUGGAUAAUGUGUAUAUGAUGAACGGAAGGACUUUUUACAAUUCUCUCAAAGAGCCAGCCCUUGGAAAGUUGGUGCAGUUUAUGAACAUUUUCUGCGGAGACUGUCGCAGGUUCGUACCCGUCUACAAGAAGUUGGGUGUCGAUCUGCAAAAGUGGAAUCGUGUUCUCCGUAUCUAUGCCGUAGACUGUGCCCAGGAGGUCAACGUGAAAGUAUGUCGGGAUUUUGAAAUUGUUAGGACGCCCUCUAUUCGUUUUUAUCCCUCAAAUUUUGUGAGCACGGGUAGUUCGCUCGGCACGAAUAUUAACACAUCGGAUCCUGAAAAAAUAGUGGAACAACUUAUUGACCAUUUGGCCAAAAAUGACUACACUGGAACCAAGGAUCGGAAACCCAUCUUUCAACAUAUUCAGAAAAAUGAGAAUGCGAAGAGUAUCUUCGAUCGAUUUGACAAAGAACUGCCAUACAUUUUGCUGGUUUUGCAGCCUCAGAACUCGAAGAUUGGAAUAAAAACGGUUUUGGACCUCCUUCCUUAUCCCGAUGUGGCUGUGCGGAUCCUGGAUGACACUCAGCUCUUCUCCCAAUUUGGCCUUGAGCCAGCUGCCCAAAAAAUAGCCCUUUUAGAUAGGUCUGGAAAGGUGCAUCCAUUAACGCCAGGCGGAGAAAAUAGUUCUGCUUAUGUGGAAAGCGUUGUUCAAUUUCUUGAGCCAAAAGGACAUACAAGUGUUCCCAAAUUGCCAACAACUGAAGCUCCCAAGGAGCUAUUGCCCAAUGGGAUUGAUGGUUUUAUUCUGGACCAAGUUCUGAACACACCACCGAAGCUCUAUCAAGCUGAUUUGGAGCAGGCACUCGACCAAAUCUUGCAUAUAGAGAUACCUAAAACGAAAUUAAUUAAUGGAUACAAGUUUACGGCCCUACGCCAUUUGAUAAGAGUGUUCAACCGCUUUAGUCCCUUAAACAAAGAGGGAAAGCGUCUGCUGAAAAGUCUAGUGAAACAUUUGACUUCAAUAAGUGAAAUCACUGGAGAACAGUUUGCGGAUAAACUGAAAGAAAUCGAAAAGGGGCUGGGAAAGAUCUUUAAGGGGAAGCGCUACGUUGGCUGUCUUGGGUCCAAAACCUUUACGCGGGGAAUCCCCUGUUCCUUUUGGACACUGUUCCAUUACUUGACUGUGAUGUCGGCCCUCAAACCAAAAAUUUAUAAGCCAAAGUGCGUGUUACUGGCCCUUUUCGGAUUUGCCAAGUUCUUUUUCGGCUGCUCGGAGUGUGCCAUGCACUUCCAGGCGAUGGCCAAGCGGCGGAAAAUAGGACAAGUGAAGUCCCACGACGAGGAGAUCCUUUGGCUGUGGGCGGCCCAUAACGAGGUAAAUAAAAGGUUGGCUGGCGACCCCACGGAGGACCCCAAGUUCCCCAAGAAGCAGUUUCCGCAGUGCAAACAUUGCCGUGCCUGUCGUUGCUGUAAGAAGUGGAAAAGACCUGAGGUAUUGAAAUACCUUAAAGGCCUGUACAAUUAUAAAAAUGUGAGCUUUUUUGGACUGCCUCACCUUCGAUAUUUAUAACGCAAAUGUAUA